AUGGAUCCGAAAAGAGUUUUGUCAAUAUGUUUUGGUAUAUUAAUUCUUUGGAUACUUGUUGUAUUAAAUCUAUUUCCGAUUAAUUUACCAACAUUUUUAUAUCGAAUAAUUCUUAUUAUUCCAUUUAUUGGAAUUAUUUUAUUUGGAUUUUAUUCAUUAUUUUAUUUAAUAUAUAAAGUUCUUAAUCUUAAAGAUUGUCCUCAAGCACAAAUUGAAUUACAACGUGAAAUUGAACGCAUUAAACAUGAUUCUCGUUAUCAAUCUUUAUUUCGUGCAACAACAUCAACUAUUCGUUAA